UAAAGUGACAUUUAUUUUGUGUGGUGGGUGACCCAUCAGGACAGCUGCAGGGGUUGGCUCUGGGGGUGAACGGCAGCCGAGUGCCUUCUUAGCAGCUGAGCCCCCAGGGUUCUCUGUUUUUCUCUGAGAGUUGUGGGGUUUGCCCUCUUCUCUGCAUCCCGGGUACUCGUCAGUUCUGGGCCACAGGACUAGAGCUCUGCAGUCACGCUCCUGCAGCAGCCUCUGCUCUUCCAAACUCCCACGACUCCAUUACAUGCUGCGGACAGAGCCAGGCUGUAUCCAGUUCGGCCUGCACCCCGGGACCCUAACCAGCCUCCUUUCUCUGUGCCCACCGGCCUUUCGGUCCCUUCCUUCCAAGGACCUCAGAGUCUUAGCUCCUCCAGUGCCAAGUCCGUCCCGUUAGACCCUUCCUCAGUUUUGUUCACAGGUUUCAGAGAAAGUCUGCUUUGAGGUUUAACUAGGGAUGUGAUUUCUAGAGAAAGUUACCUGGCUGUUCUGUGCGUGGAUUCCAUCGUCUGUAAAAAGUAGUGGGGCUCACACCGGAAAUGAGUGAAAACACAUUGUAAAGUUAGCAUUGUUACACUCAGGUUUUCAAGGUGCUAUCUCAACAUUUCCCUUAUGAGCAGAGUUGUCCAUCUGUGUACUCUUCAGUUUGAGGUAUGUAUGAAAUGUAGAUAUGAUGAAAUCCUUGAUUUAGUCACGUAUUAAAAAAACUUUCAUAGUCAUGCUGCUUUUAACAGUUAUUCUGGGGUUUUACACUCCAUGCAGCAAAACCAAGACAGUAAGUAAGUAGAUGACAGAGCAGUUGGCUUUGAGACAGCAAGGUCUCUGUCGAGGAGGAAGAAAGGUUAUUUAGCUGAUGAGCCACGGGUUUUUUAGUUUGCGUGGCCAAAUCCCAUCACUCUGAUGUAGGGUUCUAGUGAUUUUUGUUUCUCAGUGUAAGAGCUGAGGUUAUAGUGAAGAGCUCUUCCCUGCCCCCAAGCAUUCUACUCAGUCUUCUCAGGUUCUCUUCCCACGUCCACCCAUUCACGGUCAGACUCCGUGCAGUUCACAUCGGAUCUCUGAGGUCUUCCUGCUAAUGAUACCUCAACACGGCUUGGUAGUUUUCUGUGUGACUCCGGCCCCAGCUCCUUGACACUCCGUUUUCUAGAAAUCGGAGCCUCACUCUCUUAGUAAUGAAGCAUUAAUGAGGAGGGCUGUGUCUUUGGUGACCGAUAGCACCUCCACCUUUCUGUCCCAAACCACGUACGCUCUCAUCGAAGCAAUCACCGAGUAUACGAAGGCUGUUUAUACGUUAGCAUCUCUGUAUCGACAAUAUACAAGUUUACUUGGGAAAAUGAAUUCCCAGGAGGAAGAUGAAGUGUGGCAGGUGAUUAUCGGAGCCAGAGUGGAGAUGACUUCAAAACAGCAGGAAUACUUGAAGCUGGAAACCACUUGGAUGACUGCAGUAGGCCUUUCAGAGAUGGCCGCGGAGGCUGCCUAUCAAACUGGAGCCGAUCAGGCCUCUAUAACGGCCAGGAAUCACAUCCAGCUGGUGAAGUCGCAGGUGCAGGAGGUGCGCCAGCUCUCCCAGAAAGCCGAAACCAAGCUGGCUGAGGCGCAGACCGAGGAGUUGCACCAGAAAACCCAGGAAGCUGUAGACGAGAGGGCUGACCAGGAAGAGGAAGCCUACCUGCGUGAAGAUUGAGGGCUUGUGCCCACCCCCCUGUCUGCCCCUCAGUGGGAAAGCGGGAGACGGCACCCACCUAGUGUUGCCCCAACUCUGCGGAGACAACAGGCUCGGCCCUCGCCAGGCAGACCGGAAGCCUUUUGUGAGUGGCCCUCUGCUCUCUGCCUCUGUGGGCCUGGUUCUUAGCCCUUGACGUGGUUCGUUCAACACUGUCCCACUCAGCACCUUCGUGCCAAUCUUACCUCACUCCCAAAGCAGUUCACCAACCUGGGCCCGAGGAGGAGGCGUCUUUUCUGC